ACAACCAUCGCAAUGUCUCUUUUCCUUGAAGAGCAACUCGACUCUCCCUUGGGCUACUUCCUCGCCCAACCAGGCCAAACGCUCAAAGACGGCACAUGGACAAUAGCUCGCAAGCUCGGGUGGGGUCCGCGAUCAUCCACCUGGCUCGUCAUCAGCGAGGACGAUCAACAUCGCGCCCUGAAAAUCUUGACCGCGACUGCGACCGCCGACCCGACUGCCAAAAACGAGCGUCACUUCAUCCACAAGGCCAUGGAAGCCAUUACAAGUGGUGUUCCCGAGCUGCUUGACACGUUCGAGGAAAAGGAUGAGCGGGGGAGAAGUCACUUCUGUCUGUUGUUCAGGCUUCUUGGAUCGUCUGUUGAGGACCUGAGGCGAGGGAACAUGUAUCAUGGGCAGAAUCUACCUGUUCAUAUCGUCCAGAAGGUUAUUGGCGAUAUUGCGGAAUGUCUGGACGAACUUGCUACUCAGAACAUCAUUCAUGGCGCUGUAACAUCCGACAACUUCCUAUUCUGGUCCGUCCAACGGGGCGUCGACGUCCGAGAAGCCUUUGCAAAUGUACCCGCUGACAAGCCUGUCACGGUCCAAGGAAGAGAUGGAAUUUCGUAUCCUACUGUCAAGUCUCAGCCGAGUCCGAACCACUAUACAUGGGAAUCUCAAGCGGACGAUAUUGCCUAUGCGACAUUCUAUCUUGCCAAUUUCGCGCACGCUCGCCAGACAACCGCCACAACCCUCGACACACCUAAAAACGUUCAACCACCCGAAGCCCUCACAGGGGGUAAAAUCGAUUUUAAAUCGGAUGUCUGGGCGCUCGGGUGUGCGACAUACCUCCUCCUCACUGGAAAGCCCCUAUUUGACGCAUCGUAUGUCGCAUCGCCUGUCAAAGUCGCACAAGAAACGCUUGGCAAGCUCGAAAGUCUCCUUGCUGAAAGUGCGAACAUCGCAGAGAAAGAUCUCGCCUCGACUGCAAAGUUCCUCAGGAUGUGCCUUACUGUCGAAAUUGAGAAUAGGGCGACGCCACUUGAGCUGCUGGAAGGUGGUUGGGUUACGGGCGGGUGCGCUUGUGGGUGGUGCGGUUACUGACAUAGCACUAGAUAGUUUACGCGCCGUCUGUGGUAGCGAGAUAACUGGCUCCCCCGUUCAGUGCAGUACACCAAUAAGCACUGAAAAUGUUGAUGAUUGCCCAUUGGAUACGUA